AUGUCGAAUCCCGCGUCCUUCGAUUCUAAUCGACGGUCAGCCGUGUUCGGCCGUCAACCAGAAGAACUGCACAUUCCGUCCACGGGGCUGAACAACCCGAACCUGUCACGUCAGCCCUCGUCCCAUGACUACCCGACAACGCCAGAUGCCGGAGCUACCCAACUGCCUUCGAUCAAUGUCCACACCAGCUCGCAGCAGCUGCAGUAUGGAAGCUCCGGCGCCAGUGGAAACAAUGGCGGGGCCCUUCCCGGAGCCUUGACGCCCGGGAAUCACAAUCGCCCACCCGCCGUAUCGGUAAACACGGCUCCAUCGGUAAUCCCGACUCUACCACAGUCCUCGCAGCAUACCAGCCAGCGCUCUAGCAUGGUCAACCUGCACGGACACUCGCGAUCAAGCCCCGCGGGGUUUGAUCAGUCGAUCUAUAAACAACAUGGUGGAUCGGAUGGCUCCCGAUAUCCCUCUUCCCCCGGUGGAGGAUAUCCCCCUCAAACCCCGCAAGGCUCCAAAUAUUCGCCACUGGGGCUGGCCGACAUUCGCCCACCGGGUGACCACCUGUUAGGCGAUACGCUGAUGAGUCCCGGGUCGCUGCCCUACAACGGGGACACUCAAGUCCCAACAAACAGCAACUACCUGGCACCAUGGCCUAUAUAUGCUGUGGAUUGGUGCAAAUGGCCGAUUGCGGGAAACUCAAGUUCAUUUGGGGGAAAGCUGGCUUUAGGGAGCUACUUAGAAGACAACCAUAACUAUAUCCAAAUUGUCGAUACGCACUGGACUCAACCGGAUCCCGAUACACAGGACGCCGCCGCCGGGGAGAUCAAGCUGGAUUAUGUCAAAACUGCCGAGGCAACUCACUCCUAUCCCGUCACUCGGGUCCUUUGGGAGCCCCCCUCGUCCCAAAAGCAGUCUACUGAUCUUCUUGCUACCUCCGGGGAUCAUCUUCGAUUAUGGUCGCUACCCAAUUCCCAGCCAAUGCAGGGCUCCAAUUCGAUCACACGACCCACAAAUCAGCGAGACGCUGGCCCAUCCAAGCUCUCGCCGUUGGCGUUGCUGUCAAACUCCAAAUCCCCAGAGCACACCGCCCCGAUCACCUCGCUUGACUGGAACACAAUCUCGCCAAGUCUCAUCAUCACCUCGAGCAUCGACACCACCUGCACUAUCUGGGACAUCCCAACUUUGACCGCCAAAACACAGUUAAUUGCUCAUGACAAGGAGGUGUUUGAUGUUCGAUUCUGUGCCAAUAGUGUUGAUGUCUUCGUCAGCUGUGGUGCCGACGGUAGUGUGCGCAUGUUUGAUCUGCGAAGUCUCGAACAUAGCACGAUCAUCUACGAGCCGUCAGAUAAGAACGAUAAACAAUUGAUGAGUCCCGGGAAGUCUAGUCCCUCCGGUCCAUCGCAGUCAGGCCCUUGGUCUCCACCGCUGCUCAGAAUUGCCGCAUCCCCUCAUGAUGCUCAUCUCCUCGCCACCUUUUCGCAGGAUUCCAACGUUGUUCGUGUCCUCGAUGUACGGCAACCUGGCCAGGCUCUGCUUGAGCUCAAAGGUCACUCUGCCGCUCUCAACUGCUUAGAGUGGUCCCCGAACCGGCGGGGCGUUCUUUCCUCUGGUGGAGACGACUGUCUGGUUCUCCUGUGGGACCUGAUCAACCAGCACAAUGCCGCACCCCUCUCCCCGCCGGCCCACAACCCUGGCGCCCCAUCCACGACGUCUGAGCGGGGCCCCGCCGCUGCCUGGCAGUGUGACUAUGAAAUUUCCAACAUCAGCUGGUCCCCGCAAGGCGGGCCCAACCACUCGGGCCACUCACGAGAAUGGCUUGGAGUUUGUGGUGGACGGGGUAUUUGGGGCGUUGCGUUAUGA